ACGAAUCUGCGCGCAGCGUCUACGCUUCCCCAUCUAUGUUCCCCACACGCUACAUGACUACGAUCAAGCUAAGCGAGUACACUGACUGUUAGAAAUCCGUUUUAUUUUUUGACAGAUUCGAUGGCAGGAAAUGAUACGCACGCAACUAAAGCUGAAACUGGGGUUGUGUUGGGAUUUUUGGAAGAGGCUGAGCCCUGGCAGCUUAGGAGUUCGCAGUUCCCUAGUAAAAUUGGGGGGAAACCUGCGUGGUUGAGCCAGGCGGACUUACCAUGCCCUGUUGCCUGCGGGAAAUGUAAUCGGCCAGCAGCGUUCCUCUUGCAGGUUUACGCACCGAUUGACGGACAAAACAGAAGUUUUCACAGAACACUGUUUGUGUUUUGUUGCACAACGCCAGACUGUUACUCCCACAACGACAGUCGCUGUUUUAAAGUGUAUAGGAGCCAGUUACCAAGGAAAAAUGACUUCUAUCCAUAUGAUCCACCUCUUGAGGAAAAGACGACGGAAACGGACAACGACCCAGUUGUACUGCAGUCCGGUGUUCAACUGUGCAGGGUGUGUGGUUGUGCUGGCCCGAAGACUUGCUCCCGUUGCCACGCUGCGAAUUACUGCAGCAAAGAACACCAGGUCAUAGACUGGAAAAGCGGACACAAGAAAGAAUGCGGGACAUCUGGCCCAGCUGGGUUUCUGAAGCACGGAUUCCUCUUCCCUGAGUUGGAGCUGGUAACAGAACCAGAGGAGGUCGAAGUAAAAGUUGGGCAGUGUGAAGCAGACGAGACACAGAAAGCACUGGAGUGCCGUGCCACAGGAGGAGACUCUUUGGAAGAGAAGGAACUCGAAGACAUGGCUAUGCAUGAGACAGAGGAGAGCAGAGUGUUUCAGAAGUUCAAACAGAGGAUUGAACUGGAGCCUCAUCAGGUGCUACGAUACUGUAGGCGUGGUUCUCCUCUCUGGGUCUCGGCCGAACACGUUCCUGAAGAGAAGGAAAUUCCAAACUGUCCGUGUGGAGCGAAGCGCAUUUUUGAGUUUCAGGUUAUGCCUCAGCUCCUGAACCACUUGAAAGUGGACAGCCCUAACGCAAGCAUCGAUUGGGGAACUGUGUGUGUGUACUCCUGUGAGGACAGCUGUGACCAGGGCCAUGGAUAUUACCCAGAAUUCAUCUGGAAACAGGACUUCACAGGAGACCAGCCUAACAGCACAACAGAGGAUGGAGAUGCAGACUGCCAGUAAAGUCUAUAUACACUCCAGACAUGUCUACACUUCAACCUUUUACUCAAAUAAAAAAAUUUAUUAUCUUGUUUGAUACAGUUGCCAGUUUACAAUGAAUGUCAUACGAAAAGCACUGGAAAAAUAAAUCAGUGUACAUAA